UGAUAAAGCGGCGCGCUCGGAGCCGCGUCCCGGCCAUGACCCUGCGGCGGCGGCGGCGGCUCCGGCCGAAGGAGGAUGCGGUGGUGGCGGCGGCGGCCCCGGACCUGCCCGGCCCCGCCGCCGUUUACCGAGCGCUGGCGGCCGCCGGGGGCACCCUGCCCCGGGUGCGCAAGGGUGCGGGGUUCAAGUGGGGGUCCCCGAGCCAGUCUCCAGAGGAGCACAGGAGGGUGGUGACGCUGGAGAAGAAGGCAGAAGAGACCUUUGGCUUCGAGAUCCAGACCUAUGGGCUGCACCACCAGGACAGGAACAGUGUGGAGAUGUUCACCUUCGUGUGCCGGGUGCACGGCGGGAGCCCGGCUGAGGCUGCAGGGCUCAAGGCUGGGGACACAAUCACAGGGGUGAACGGGCUCAACGUGGAGGGCGUCCGGCACCGGGACAUCGUGGAGAUCAUCAAGAGCUCGGGCAAUGUGCUCCGACUCGACACGCUCUACGGGACGUCCAUCCGGAGGGCUGAGCUGGAGGCCCGGCUGCAGUACCUGAAGCAAACGCUCUAUGAGAAGUGGGGCGAGUACCGCUCGCUGAUGGUGCAGGAGCAGCGGCUGGUGCGGGGCGUGGUGGCCAAGGACCCCAGCAUCUACGACACGCUGGAGUCGAUCCGCUGGUGCCUGCAGGGCGAGGGGGGGCUCCCCGGCGGCUCCCCCCGUGCCAGCGGCAGCGAUGACUCCUUGUACCAGACCUGCCUCUUCGCCUCCGCCGAUUCGCUGGACCGGGACAAGGCCGGGGACAGGGACGGGGACAAGGACAGGGGCACCUCGGGGCCCGCGCCCCCCCCACCGCGCCCCCGGCCAGCCCUGGCCCGCAGCGCCAGCCUCAAGUGUGGGGCGGGCCCGGGGGCGCGGUUGUGGGGCCGGGCCGGGGACCCCGGGGAGGGGGCGGCCGCUGCCCCCCGCAAGGGUCGGCACAGCAGCUUCCGCCGGCGGCUGCUCAAGUUCAUCCCGGGGCUGAACCGGGCGCUGGAGGAGGAGGAAAGUCACCUCUAACGGGGGCUACAGAGGGGUCACCUCUAACGGGGGUACAGGGAGGAGUCACCUCUAAUGGGGGUUAAUGAGAGGAGAAUCACCUCUAAAGGGGUGCCAGGAGGAGUCACCUGUAACAGGGGUACCAAGAGAAGCAUCACCUCUAAAGGGGUACCAGGAGCAAUGACCUCUAAUGGGGGUACCAAGAGAAGCAUCCCCUCUAAAGGGGUACCAGGAGCAAUGACCUCUAACGGGGGUUCCAAGAGAAGCAUCACCUCUAAAGGGGUACCAGGAGGAGUCACCUCUAACGGGGGUACCGAGACAUCCCUGCCCCGGGCCUAUUUAUUUACUGCAAGGGACUAUGAGCCCCCUCCGGGGGCCACGGGAGGAGCUCGGGGUCAGCCCCAGGGGUCCUGGCUUGGCCGCUUCAAGCCAUCGGGGGCCCCAGCACCACGGGACAGACACGGACACACCCCACACACACCCCCCCCGGCCCGGUGCACGAAGCCACCGCUCACCUCAGGAACCAGUGCCAUCCUCACUGGGGGACGUGGGGGGGACCCUGCGUGUCCCGUCCCCAUCCCCGUCCCCAGCUCGGGGCUCACGGGGGUCCUGCCCCAGCGGCUUUUGUACCAAUACAGAGACGUUUUGCA